CUAUAAUUAAGAAUGGUACUUGUGUUGGAAGCUGUACCGACGCCAGCCGCCCCCGCGGACGCUGACCGCCUUUAGGCGGGCGGCUUUAGUGUCAGUCAACUAUUUGAUACGGAUCUGGAAACUUGUUCCAAUAGUGAUCUUUUAAAAUCAAAAUGCCUGCCAGAAACAAGGAACAGGAGGAAGAAGUUCUAAACUGGAUCAGUGCUGUUCUUGGGGAACCGCUUCCUAAAGGCGCGUAUGAAGACAUCUUGAAAGAUGGAGUCAUUCUGUGCAAGCUUAUCAAUAAAUUGGCACCCGGAUCAGUUAAAAAGAUCCAGGAAAGGGGAACCAACUUUCAACUUAUGGAAAACAUUCAAAGGUUUCAAGCAGCUAUUAAAAAGUACGGAGUUCCAGAGGAGGAAAUAUUCCAGACAGCCGAUCUUUUCGAGAGACGUAACAUUCCUCAAGUCACCUUGUGCUUAUACUCUCUCGGUAGAAUAACACAGAAGCAUCCCGAAUAUAACGGUCCUCAAUUAGGACCUAAGAUGGCGGAGAAGAAUGAAAGAUCUUUCACAGAAGAACAACUUCGGGCUCACAACGCUGAAUUAAACCUACAAAUGGGUUACAACAAGGGGGCGUCCCAAUCGGGCCAUGGUGGUUUUGGCAACACUCGUCAUAUGUAAUUUUCCUACUAAUAUAUUUAUAAUCUAUAUGAUAAAAGGCAAAAGUGCCAAUUUGUCAUCACAAGAAACAGUAUUUUAAAUUAUUUUUUAUUUUUUUAAGUCUGUCUUUCAAGAUGGCUGUUAUAAUCUAUCUGGAUUUCAAUGUUGUAUUUUCUUUUGUUAUGAAUGAGUGAUUUUUUUUUAAAGAUGAUUUUCAAACAGUUUUAUAUUGGGUUUAUAUUAAUUUCAACGUAAAAAAUCCUAUUUCAUAAAUCGAUCAUUGUUUUGUACAUAUUUUAAUAGCAAUAAAAAGUUUAUUUAUAAUA